AUAAUAAUCGUGAUAAUGAUAAUCUAAGACUUUUGGUGAAAAUAAAAUUUCAGAUUGCUUAUGCUAUACAUAAGAUCACAAUUCCUCCGUCACAGUGGUCGAUAAAGGAGGAUCAGCAUAACUGUGAUAUCAUAGGUUCGGCUAAUAGGAUUUAGCGCUAGUCUUUUAAUGUAGUUUUAAUAAUAAUAAAAUACCGAAAUAAAAAUCAAAUUGUGUUUGACGUUAAAUGCAUAGUGCCGUUGCAGAGUUUGUGAAGUUUCUGAGAAUCCCUAGACGAAUUCUAUCAUCCGGUGCAGGUUAUAUAACAACAAUUAAAAUGGCGGGAUUAGGAAAUGACAUUUCUAUAUUUAACGGCAAGAAGGACCGCUUCAAUGGCGUAACUGUCGAUUCAAAAUCUGAGCCUUGCGAUAUCAACACAUUCACAAAAUGUCUGAAAGCUUCUCUGGAUCAAUGGAUAGCGGAAGAGAGACGAGCCAUUUGGUUUCGUGUAAACUUGGAGCAUUCCGAUUGGAUUCCAGUUCUCACAAAAAAUGGGUUCCAGUUCCAUCACGCGAAGAAUGAAUAUGUAACCCUUUAUCGAUGGCUCCCAGUUCAUCAGUCCUGCAACGUGCCUCCUUAUGCCCACACUCUACUUGGAGUCGGCGCACUGGUUUUUAAUGAGAAUACUGAAGAAGUGCUUGUUGUUAAAGAAAAGUACAGUAUUGCCUCUCAAAUGUGGAAACUUCCUGGGGGUUACGUAGAACCAGGUGAAGACAUAGCAAUUGCUGCUCAGCGUGAAGUUAUGGAAGAAACAGGAAUUGAGGCAGAAUUCAAACAGCUUCUCUUGUUUCGACAUGCACAUCAUUUUGCAUUUGACUGCUCAGAUAUCUACAUGGUGGUUUGUCUCACUCCACGCACCUUAGACAUUACCAGAUGUGAACGAGAAAUAGCUCAUUGCACUUGGAUGAAACUGGAAGAAUACGUAAACCAUCCAGAAGUCCAUGAACAUAAUCGACUGGUGGCAAGAAAAUUUAUCGAACUUAGGAGCCACAAAACAGGCGUAGUAGUCGAGAACAUGAUUCAUCCCUCUCUAAAGAAGCCUGUUUCGAUAUUUAGUAUAUCGAAAAUGGAGAAUUAAUGAUAAUUGUGCACGAGUUACGGUAAAUAAUAUAACUUCGUGAGUUGUUAUUUUUUUGAAAGCACAAAAACAAUGAUGUAGCGAUUACCUACGUCAAUAUAGAAUAUUUUAUUGCAUCGGCCACACAGCCCCGAUUCGAAUUAUUACAAAACUUGAAUGAACAACGAACUUGAAUGUUCAGUGCUAGUUUUAUGUAGGAACUUGUCUGGAAAUUGGAGAUAAAUUGUAGAUAAAUAUGGAAGUCUAGAGUAGAACGAUUACUUUUCAAAUGACUAUCGCGUUAGGGCCAAAAGUUAGUAGCAAGAACAACGAUGGGCUGGGCAGUCUGAAGGGUAGACCAAACAUUUGUCUAGACAGUAAACGCUAGCGCCUUCCUUUCCCUCAAUCUCACCAAUUGCGUCACAAGUAUUCCUGAAAUGAAGCAAACAAAUAUCUCAGGAUCCUGACAUGAGAUGAUCGAAAUCACUUAUAUAUCUAUUCGAUCUUUGCGGGGAAAAUGUAAAUAUCUUGAAGCUUACGGGCAGUGACAAAUGUUUUCUGGGCAGUUCGGUGGAUAUCGAAGACAGUUCGUCUGACACCAUUCGUUCAUCCCAGGUAUACGACGAUAGAGCUGCGUUGGCAUACACACCUGGGAUCUGUAAUAUUAAAUGAACACAUAAUUCACUGUCAGCAAAUUAAUAGCGGUGCUAAAUCAAUUCUACAAAAACAAAUAAAAAUAAAUUAACAAUA